AUGACCUGCAAGGUCGGUCCGGAGUACAUGCAAGUGCCUGGUGAGCCUUUUGCUUACUACCACAAGGUGAUGUUCCCCGACACCAAGCCGACUGGCAUUCGCAUGUCCGCGUGCCUGGCGGCCAUGGAGGAGUGUCGAACAGAUUCCUUCACCAUCUGCGACCAAAGAGUGGCCAGCAUGCGCAAGGUGACGAACCCCUUCAUUCUGGUUGCACUGGAGCUCCACCCUAGCAUGGCGGAGUUUAACCCAGACAAGGCCGAGGACGGCCUGCUCUAUGCCCACCCCGGUAGCACCGGCCCGAUCAUGACGUGGCUGAGGCUAGAGGCUACCUGGGGCUGGCCGAUGUUCCCAUUGAGGAGCGAGGAGCAGACCAUCUUCGCCGUGGGCAAGAAUCCGAGGUCUUCAAAGCGGACGCCGAUUGCCACGGGCCGAUUUAUUGAGGCCCUUGUGGACGAGCAGACGAACGCGAUGCUGAACCCCGAGAAGUGGCAGCAGGACUUCGACAUGUUCUUUGAGAAGCUGAAGAAGGAUCACUCCAACGACCGGCUCAAUGAGAAUCGUCUUCCGAACCUCUACAUGAAGUCCAACAAGCCCUUCACGCCCACGUUGUUCAAGAAGGUUUCGUGGACAAUGAGCUGCAUGUUUGCAGACCUCUGGGCAAUCCUCUUCCAUGCCAAGACGCCCGAACUGCUCUGGGACGUCAACAAGAUCUGUGGAGGUCCAUUUGCAGACCUCGUGCAGACAGAUCCUGAUCCGCAGGUGCUAAGUCUGGGCCCAGAAGUCAUCUAG